AGAUGUGGUUAUAGGCGUGGUCAAUACACUGUUUUUUCCCCUUUCAUUUGCUAAUAUGUGGGAAAUUACUGUCCAACUUGAUAGUCUGGUUCAAACUGGCUAUAAAAGCUUCUGCUGUGCUGUUCUCAUCUUCAUUCAAUCUCGCAGAGUCUCUCAGAGAUCACCUCAUCAACAGAAGAAUUAAGUGCCAUGGCGAUUCUGCCCGUUCUCUCUCUUCUCUAUGCAAUGUUUGCACUGAGCAUAGCAACAGAGCUGAAAGUUGAGGAGAAACGCAAUGCGUGUCAGCCUGGAUGGAAAGCCUAUGGAGGUCGUUGCUUUAGGCUUGUCACAAAACAUAAAAAUUGGUCUGAGGCAGAGGUGUACUGUGUAAGCCAGGGAGGGCAUCUUGCAUCCAUACACAACAGUGGGGAGGCACAAUUUGUUCGCAACUUUGCAGGAAACAAACAUAGGAUCUGGAUUGGAGCUGGGAGAUCCUGUGGGGCUCCUGGCUGGUACUGGACUGAUGGUAGCUGCUUUGCGUACACCAAGUGGAGCAAAAAGCAGCCUGAUAACUGGAGAAGUAAUGAACCCUGUGUUCAUAUGUACAAAGGUGCUGGCGCUUGGAAUGAUAAAUCCUGUUCUGCAUGUUACCAAUUUGUGUGUGCCAAGUAAUAACUUUGCUCCUGUGUGGAGUGUCUUAACCUUUUUUAUUUUAAACUCACCUUUCAAACCUGCUGAAACAGAAUAAAUCAUUAAACAGAAGUGCUUUUAGAGAAUCAGCAUGGGUGGUGUUUGUAAUGUGACUGUAAGAUGAUAAGAUCUUCAUGUAUUAGUGCACUAUGGGAAAGCCAUCGCAGGCAGCCACCUGUGCAGUGGACCACCCACCUGUGCCUGCAGCCUGGCCAGACCAUCUGGUUCUGAUGCACCUCCUGUAAAAUUCCUUCUGCUCUUUUAGUUUAAUCUUUGACUGUCACAUAAUGAAUCAAUAAAUGCAGCAUCAAA